CGAUUGUACGCACUAUGGUCGAUCGUUCGUGUAUAUUGCCACCGGGGCUGUUCUGGGUCCUGGCACGAGCCCUGUGCGUUCACGAGCGUGUGGUUGACGUCGAGUGGCUGUUCGAAGUGUCAAAGAAAUAUGGCGAUCGGUGUUCUGACUGCAUUUACGCACCGCUAAUUUCUCUGUACUACCGGGUCGGCAAGGCAGAGAGAGCUGACAAGGUGUUUGGCGAGUUCCAGUCUAUGUGGCAAGCCAAGUGGAGCCAGAUCAGAUUGCAGAGGGUCAUGUGUGAUACGUCAAGCGCAAGCACCGAGAAAUGGCGGCUAGAGCACGAGGAGCAUGUCGACAGCCCGAAAGCAAUUCGAGAGCAAGCCGCCGAUCCAUACUACCAGCGCGCGCUGGCAAUGCUCCGGAAAGGAGACAUUGAUGGUGCUGUGGACUUUGUUAUUGCGGCCAAGCACAGGGAGUUUGUGGCAUUCACACCCGAUCAUUUCGACAUGUUGGAGCGCAUCAUCGUUGAGAAGGGAUGUCUUGACUUGGGCUACAAGCUGUAUGUUGAGAUUAGCCGCGGGUGCAACUCAAAUGGCGGCAAAGGGGUUACAGCUGAGCAGGUCAUCCACACGCAGGUGCCGCGCAAUCGAACCAGGAAUCGGCUGGCACUGGCAUUUGCAAACGCCGAGAAGUGGGAUAUCGCUUGGCGCCUGGUUGAUCAUGACGCAAAGAGCGGGUCCAUGGUAGCAUUUAACAACACCAGUGGGCCGCGUGCGCUGAUGCUGGUGGCACUGAGGCAAUCCAACAUGCUCCAAGCCAAGGAAUGCGCUGGUAGAAUACACGACUGUAUGCGCCAGUACACUGAUAUAGAGGCGCUGAUUUCUGAUCGCUGGCUUGACAAAGCGCCAAAGGCAGGUGAGAUGCACCCAGUCUGCCAGCUAACUGAUUUGCUGCUGUACACAUCCGAGCGCGGCCAUGGGACUCGUGCUCCUGCGUGGAAUGUGAGGCUGUUGAAGUACACAUUCGGCUCUACUGAGUUGGGAAACCGAGUCCGCGCUCAGGCGCAGAGCGGGCUGUUUGAGAUUAUCAAUCGGCGCCAGCUCUUGGAUGUGCCGGAUAUACGAGCAGUGGUACUGAGCGUGGUUAAUAGGGCCCUGGGUGUAUCUCCAAAGGCAGGUAAAGAUGCACCCAUCAGAAUCGGCGAUGAGUCUGCGGGAUGGAAGGUGGAGGGCAGUAUCAUGGAGAGCUCCGACAGUCAGUUCUGGCAGUGCGCGCUCGAUGCAAUUGUGAGGGAGGCCGCUGAUCGGCCUGACAUCCACGAGUUGGCGUUCAACGCACUGUCUGUGCUGAAGGCCAUGCGUUCCAAGAAGGCCAAGGUUCCGCCGUCAUCGCUGUCCGCUGUGGACCAGCUUGUUGCUAAGGCUGGCAAGUCAGUUGUCGACUCCCACAAAGGGGGCUUGAUUCUUGCCGCUGAGCAAGCUUCGAAAGCGCUGGCACAUAUGAAGCACGGGGAUGUGACGGCUUCGCAGACGACUGACCAGCACCCAAAAGUCAAAUGGCGCAUUAGGAGCAGGAGUAGCAGCGCAACAUCAAAUAUCAAAAGCAACUCGCCAGUCAAGGACAAGCUAGAGUGGUACCGCUCAUGCCGUCGGAACUUUGAGGUCCCUGAUGCAAAGCAUCUUACGCGGUUGAUAUCGGAUCUGGCUGAGCGGGGUCGCCGAGAUGAAUGGGAACCGAUAGUUAAGGAGCACAUGCUGGAGUAUAUGGAGGCGAUGGCAAACAUAGGGUCCGUCAAGGCUCGUGACCGAACCAUGUUCGCCAUGUCUGUUUGGGAAAGCGCGAUGGUCAGCUAUGCCCAGAUUGGAGAUAUAGAAGAGGCCGUCCACUACUUCCAGAUGAUCGUUGACAUGGGCAAAUUCGCCACUCCGUUUGCCUGUGCCAAACUGCUGCUUGCGCUAAAGUCCUCUGAGGCACCACUUCCUGUCUUGAAUGCAAAGUGGUCGUCAUCUGAAAAGUCCAUUUACGGGCUUGAGCCAAUGCUGCCACCGAGCGGCCAGUCACCCGCCGAUCUGCUUCUUGUCAGCACAGACCAGGCUGAGCACAACGAGCAAUUGGCACAGAUCGGGCUCUAUAUGCUUUACGGCAUGGCGUCGAAUUUCUUUUACAACGUUCUGUUUGGUGUUCUUGGUAAGGCCAAGAUGAUGAGCCAGAUUCGCCAUAUAUUCGAAGGCCCGGACCGCCUCAACCCAGCGCUGCUGCCAACGCCGCUGACCUGGGGCUACGUCAUCGCAGUGGCAAUGGAGUGCAGCGAGCGCACUCUGGCAGAGUACUGGUUCAAGGAGUAUCGAAUGAGCGCCAUGCCCAUCUUCCGCGAAGAGGGGUCGUCAUACUCGCGGAUCAUCAACCAGAACAUCCCGCCCUACGCCCGGCUCUUCAACCUCGCCAACCCGUACUAUAUAAUUCCAGCAAUCUGGCGGCCGCUCGACAAAAACAAACAAGAGCAGGAUCCCGCAUACGAUCUGGCCGAGGUUGAGCAGCAGCUAGAGAUGGAUCGGCUGCGUGCGCUUGACAAGCUGCCGCUGCCAUUCAAGGGUGCGCGCAAGAUGCUGGCAAUAUACACCUGCGUUGAUGAGCACCGGAACUUGGAGGCUGCCGAAUCGCUGGCUUCAGAGAUCAUUGCCUUGUCUGAGGACAGAGCGCUACCAAGGAAUCUCCGCAAAAUCACCAGCGUCGACUUUGCCCAGUGCUGGCGGCACAUGGUCAAGGGGUAUCUGGGCGAACUGCAGUAUCAGCAGGCGAUGCCCAGUCCAGACUACGUUGCAUCCAGGGUGCUGGCGGAGCGGCUGGUUCACUGGUUUGACGAGUGGAAAAAGGCGUACGCCCUAGCUCUCGAGGGCAAUCUGACCACCAUGACCAAGAAUAGCAUUGCGCUGACCGGCGAUGAGCGGGCCAUUAUUAGCGCCUGUGCGCAGCGGUCCGACCGGUAGUUUUCUUUUCCAGCCGUUCGAUGUAGUAUGUGGUCGGUCUACAGCCAAAAGACGAACCCAGAGCGCGUCACACAGAUAUCCAAUCAGAACUGAUCCCUAUAUCGAGAUCAAGCACCAAAAACCCCUUAUCGUUAAUCGCA